GGGCUCGCUGGAUGCGGCGGGGCCCCAGCGCGCGAGCGACAUGUACUUGUUGGACGGCAGUGGCGAGCCCGCGUCGCCCCCUGCGGACGCGAUGCCGCGCGGGAUGCCCCCCAGAAAGACCGUCUACCGCAUCUCCGUCACCAUGGUAAGGAAGGAGCAGCUGGCCGCGCCUGGCGCCGGUGGCCCCGACCCACGCCCGGCUCGGCGGACUCGGCCCGCGCGCUCCCCGGACGCGCCCGGGCGGCUGGAGGAGGAGGCCGAGGAUGCAGAGGGCGCCGAGGAUCCGGAGGGCGUCGAGGACCCGGAGGGCCGCCGGCCGCGCGCCUGGGACUUCCGCACCUUCCGCACCCGCAGCACCGGGCAGCUGGAGCUGGGGCGGCUCCGGCCGUGCGCACGCGGCCUGGAGCCCGCGGACCUGGCCGGCAGCGCCCCCGCGGAGGAGGAGGGACGCGGCACGCCAGCGCCCCGCAGCCCGGACAUGGAGGGGGCCCGGGCCGCGCCCCUGCGGCGGAGCCUGAGCUUCAGGCACUGGAGCGGGCCCGAGGCGCCGCGGGGCCGGGCGCUGGGCGGCGAGAGGCGCCACAGCAGCUCAGGGAGCCUGGCCUGGGCGCCUGACGACGAGGCCGCGGCCGGGGACACCCUGGAGCCCGCGGCCGCCGCGCAGCCCUCCUCGGAGAAGCGUAACACCCUGGACGUGGGCGAGGUGCUUAGCAAGAACGAUGCGCUCUCGGACCUGGAGCGCUGGGAGCGCAGCAAGAGCAAAAAUCGCACGCUGGACAACAGCGACCUGCAGCGGCUUGAGCGCGCGCGGGCGGCGGCCGGGCACGGCGCGGCCUCGGAGCACCGGCUGCUGCGCUUCUUCAGCGGCAUCUUCGCACGCAGGGACGGGGGCCCGGGCGGUGGGCCCUCCCCACGGAGCGGAGCCUCGCGGCCGCGCGGCUAUUUCAGCCUGCGGCGGCCCCCGGCCGAAACGCACUCGUCCAGCGCCGAGAGCAUCGAUGGCUCCCCGCGCAGAGAUGCCUUUGUGAACAGCCAGGAAUGGACGCUGAGUCGAUCUGUCCCGGAGCUCAAAGUGGGAAUUGUGGGUAACUUGGCCAGCGGCAAGUCGGCCCUGGUGCACCGGUACCUGACGGGCACGUAUGUCCAGGAGGAGUCUCCGGAAGAUAUGGAUGCAGGUGGCAGGUUCAAGAAAGAGAUUGUUGUUGACGGACAGAGCUAUCUGCUGCUGAUUAGAGACGAAGGGGGCCCCCCGGAGGCGCAGUUUGCCAUGUGGGUGGACGCUGUGAUAUUUGUCUUCAGCUUGGAGGACGAAAUAAGUUUCCAGACUGUUUACCACUACUACAGUCGAAUGGCCAACUAUCGGAACACAAGCGAGGUUCCUCUGGUUCUGGUGGGAACCCAGGAUGCCAUAAGUUCCACUAACCCGAGGGUCAUCGACGAUGCCAGGGCGAGGAAGCUCUCCAAUGACUUGAAGCGGUGCACGUACUACGAGACGUGUGCCACAUACGGGCUGAACGUGGAGAGGGUCUUCCAGGACGUUGCCCAGAAGAUUGUUGCCACGAGGAAGAAGCAGCAGCUGUCCAUAGGCCCCUGCAAGUCGCUCCCCAAUUCUCCCAGCCAUUCCUCCGUCUGUUCGGCCCAGGUGUCCGCCGUGCACAUCAGCCAGACAAGUAAUGGCGGUGGGAGUUUAAGCGACUAUUCCUCCUCCGUUCCAUCGACUCCCAGCACCAGCCAGAAGGAACUUCGGAUCGACGUUCCUCCCACUGCCAACACGCCCACGCCUGUCCGCAAGCAGUCCAAGCGCCGGUCCAACCUGUUCACCUCUCGGAAAGGGAGCGACCCAGACAAAGAGAAGAAAGGCCUAGAGAGCCGUGCGGACAGCAUCGGGAGCGGCAGAGCCAUCCCAAUUAAACAGGGCAUGCUGUUGAAGCGAAGUGGCAAAUCGUUGAAUAAAGAGUGGAAAAAGAAAUAUGUCACCCUGUGUGACAAUGGCGUGCUGACCUAUCAUCCAAGUUUACAUGAUUACAUGCAGAAUGUUCACGGUAAGGAGAUUGACCUUCUGAGAACCACUGUGAAAGUCCCAGGGAAGAGGCCGCCCCGAGCCACGUCAGCCUGCGCUCCCAUCUCCAGCCCUAAAACCAAUGGCCUAUCCAAGGACAUGAGCAGUUUACACAUCUCACCCAAUUCAGGGAAUGUCACUAGUGCAUCUGGGUCUCAGAUGGCAAGCGGCAUCAGCCUGGUCUCCUUCAACAGCCGACCCGACGGCAUGCACCAGCGUUCCUACUCAGUCUCCAGUGCCGACCAGUGGAGUGAGGCUACAGUCAUUGCAAACUCGGCCAUCAGCAGUGACACAGGGCUGGGUGACUCCGUAUGCUCCAGCCCCAGUAUCUCCAGCACCACCAGCCCCAAGCUCGACCCGCCCCCCUCCCCUCACGCCAACAGAAAGAAGCACCGAAGGAAGAAAAGCACCAGCAACUUCAAAGCCGAUGGCCUGUCCGGCACUGCUGAAGCCAAACGCAAAGCAUGGAAACUAAACCGUGUUGGUAGCCUGCGAAAUAUAUACAGCAGCAGCACCAACACCGAAGAACAAGAAGAAAACUUUGAGUUUAUCAUUGUGUCCCUCACUGGCCAAACGUGGCACUUUGAAGCCACGACGUAUGAGGAGCGGGACGCCUGGGUCCAAGCCAUCGAGAGCCAGAUCCUGGCCAGCCUGCAGUCGUGCGAGAGCAGCAAGAACAAGUCCCGGCUGACGAGCCAGAGUGAGGCCAUGGCCCUGCAGUCGAUCCGGAACAUGCGCGGGAACUCCCACUGUGUGGACUGCGAGACCCCAAAUCCUAACUGGGCCAGUUUGAACUUGGGAGCCCUCAUGUGCAUCGAGUGCUCAGGGAUCCACCGGAAUCUUGGCACCCACCUUUCCCGAGUGCGAUCUCUGGACCUAGAUGACUGGCCAGUCGAGCUCAUCAAGGUGAUGUCGUCCAUCGGGAACGAGCUAGCCAACAGCGUCUGGGAAGAGGGCAGCCAGGGGCGGACGAAGCCCUCCGUAGACUCCACAAGGGAAGAGAAGGAACGGUGGAUUCGUGCCAAGUACGAGCAGAAGCUCUUCCUGGCCCCACUCCCCUGCACGGAGCUGUCCCUGGGCCAGCACCUGCUGCGGGCCACCGCUGACGAGGACCUGCGGACGGCCAUCCUGCUGCUGGCGCACGGCUCCCGGGACGAGGUGAACGAGACCUGUGGGGAGGGAGAUGGUCGCACGGCGCUGCACCUGGCCUGCCGCAAGGGGAACGUGGUCCUGGCACAGCUCCUCAUCUGGUACGGGGUGGACGUCAUGGCCCGCGAUGCCCACGGGAACACCGCGCUGGCCUACGCCCGGCAGGCCUCCAGCCAGGAGUGCAUCGACGUGCUGCUGCAGUACGGCUGCCCCGACGAGCGCUUCGUGCUCAUGGCCACCCCCAACCUGUCCAGGAGAAACAAUAACCGGAACAACAGCAGCGGGAGGGUGCCCACCAUCAUCUGAGGGGCAGCCGUGCCCCCGCCCGCCGCACCCGGCACGCGGCAGCCUCACCACACACUCGCUCGGAAGUCGCAGCACGUGAGUCCCGUCGCAUCCCCUCACUCUUCCUGGUGGUCGCCUCCUCCCACCCACCCACCCACCCUCACCCCAGACAAAAUCACAAAACCUGGACAUCCUGGAGGGGCAAAGAGGCGGCCGGGAGACUGCAGAAGAAGUGGCUCCUUUGCAUAAACUCCCCUAAACCACAAACAGGAGAGGGUGUCGGGCCCAGCUCUUUGAUGAUAGCACACGGCGCAGGACCCUUGUCCUGGUGGCACAAGAGACGGGGACGCGAGGGGGAGGGGAGGCGAGGAACAAGGAGAAGGGGCAACUUUCCUUAACUGGCAGUUAAGCACAUGAGUACAUUUCACCUCUACCAAACGGAACACUUGGAUUCCAUCUCUUCUCUGAGGAGCUUGACGGCAUAAAUCAGAAGCAAGCACAGAGUUUGUCAGGUUUGAAGCCCCUAUGAUGGUAUGUGUCAAAUCAGUUGUAGCUAAUCUGUCCAGGGAGAAUACUGGCUUCAUUACACUUGUAUAGUUGAGUUCUUCCAGCAUUACUGCUGUUUAAUAGAACAUGAUUAGUCAUCACCGAGAAGAAAGCAUAUUAGCCGAGGAGGUAGUUACGCGGCACGCUCCGGUGAUUGCCACGAUGUGAUUGCAAUACUCUUAGAAGCAUCAUAUUAUCCCAGACAUGUUCUUUCAAGCCCUUGGAGCCCUCCUUUCUAAAUUCACUGUCAUAAUUUAGUAUCUGUUUAAUUUUUCAGUCCAAAGAGAGGAAAUCAGUCGCUGAGUAUUAUUUGAUGGCAGUCUCUUUGGUGCAAAAACAAAAUGGGAAAAAUAAAUAAGAAUAACUCAGAAAUUCAAAAGGAAAUCACAAAUUCAGCAAAUAAUAGCGUUUCGAGUAUAUUUCGUAAACUAAGUAAAUACACAAAAUACACAUGGUUAUUUUUUCCGACCGUAAGAGAGAUUUUAUGUCCUUUUGCCGAGGUGGAUGUGUUCGUCUCAGGCCCUCCUGGGCCGCAUUGCCCAAGUCACACAGGCUUCUGUAUUAUGUAUUUAGAUCAGAUGUGUGAAAAUAUAUUUGAAUAAAAGAAGUUCAUAAAUAUGCAUUGAUUUUUGUACAGACAAAUGGCACCUCUCUUAAUUUAUAAAUUGAACUGGAUGUGAACUAAUAAUGUGCAACUAGUUGAGAUAAGAGAGUUACAGAUCAUUGUACAUGGAAAAUAUUCCCAGCAGUAAACACUUCCAUUAAUGUGAUCUACAGCUUUUAAAAAGGAACAUCUCAGAAUAAGAUGGUGGUACAAUUUACUUAUUAAAAUUGAGAAACAGGGAAAAAAAGACACACUGAAGUAUAUUAGAAAGGGAAAAGAAGGAAUGUGAUUUCUCGUGAUUGAAAGCAUGAUUUAGAUCAGAUACGGCUUUUGCUAACCAAGACCAAGGGGCUCUGGUGGACAGGGUGGUUUUCUGAAUGCCAGACCGAGGUGCCUUACGCAGGCAGCUGCCGAUGGUUCUGUGGACAGACUGGCUCCUGAGAACCAGACGACCUUGACCUGGCAGCCCGGCCCUCUGUGCGAGGACCCGGCCGCUUCCAAAGUCAGCUGCCUUCAGUGGUGGUCAUCAGACGUAGUCAGCCAAACCAUGGCAUCCCCCAGGUUAAAAAGAAAACGGGGUGGCUUUGCCCAGAGCCCGUUGGCAGUAUGACAGUGUGGAGAAGGGUUGUCACGAUGGAAGACUAGGACACUGGACUCACAUAGCACAGAAACGCAAAGCCACGCGCGCUGGCAGCCCCCGGGGUGUUCCUUGCUCUCGUAUAUUAAACCUUAUGUUUUAUAAGAGUUUUUCCUCUUCUUUCACUUUUUAAAAAAAUUAAAGUAGGUGGGGAAAAAAUAAAGCUUUACACAGAAUUUAUAUGUGGGUAAGUGUUUCAUGGGAAUUUCUAAUCUUAGCAAAGCUAAGUGGAGAUUACUCGUGUCCAAAAGUCUAACAGGUCCAGAAGCCACACGUCUGAGAACCUUGACGACAGUCCCAUCGUCCUGCCACUCGGCUUUUCAGUCUGCGUUUCAUCACUGUGUCGCUAUUGUCAAUGUGAAUAGAGAAGAAAGGUCAUUGCCUAUUUUUGAAGAACGCGUUCGUGUUCUAAUCUGCUAGACACAUUCGCCUCCACACAGCCUUUACCGUAGACUCUGUAGUGAACACAGAUCUAGUAUAAAUGAAAUUCUUAAAUUAUUUCAUUGUAGUCAAUCCCCACUAUAGGAAUGCUUUAUCAUAGUGAAGCCUUCUUUUGAGAAGAAACGGAAUUCCUUGUGGCUUAUCUUCGGGAUGUAUAUGAGUGUGUACAUAUUAUUCUAUGUGUUUAUAAUAUCAUAUUUUCCCAAAUGACUUCUUGUUUCACUUUGCCUUCCACAACCUGAAUGCUAGAUUGGUUUUUUUCCCUUCCCGGCCCUCAGCCGGGCCCACAUGGGCUGCCAUGACCCCUCCUUAGAAAACACAGCCCCUCCCCCGCCACUCCCAAUGACAUCCAUCUGCUCCACGCAGCGGCCGCUUUCUAGGGCCCAAGUUUUGGUAGCAGAAGGAAAGGCAGUUUCGAGGGCCUUUCCAAAUAAAGAAGACGGGUGGCUAAUCUGUUCGUAUUUCAGUGCCUAACCAGAAGUCCUUCCUUUGCUGACCACACUCGGUUCCCACGUUCAAGCUAAUUAUCACCGAGGCUGGGAGAGGCAAGGACCUUGGGCGGAGUUAGGAACAACUCGCCUGAGAAGGGGGUCGAGUUUCCUUGUUCAUUUCCAUGUUCAGUUCUGUGGGGUGACAAUGACAGGAGAUCACCAGUGCAGGGUCCACCUAACGUUUCCUGUGCAGAAUAAAAAUUCCCCCUUGAUGAGAAGCAGCCAGCCGGGGGAGGCACUGGAGCAGCCCGUGUAACCCCAUGGGGAGCUGGACACAUCUGCUCCCCCCCACUCAGCUUCUUGGAGACUGAACUGCAGUGGGGGAACAUGUGACGCAGACCCAGCUGUGGCAGGAAGCCUGCGGGUCCAGGACACGGUGAUUCUGGCCCAGGUGCUAGGGUGGGCGGAUGGUUUGCCUAACUAACCCGUCGCUCCAGUCCUGGUCCCUGGUUCGUCUGUUUCAUCCCAGGAGGGUGAGCAAGUGACAAGUUCCUGAGUCAUCGGCCCCAAAACCAGGUGCACUGUCCUGUCUCCCAAGUGUGUUCACGAUGUAUAUGCGUUGGAAAAGCUGGUGAAGGCGGUGGGUUGCUUGCCAUUCGAGGGGUUAUUAGAUGUAGAAGCGGGCAGGACCUUACUGAAUUGCAUUUCCUUCAGGGACCCCAGUCCACAGGCCAGUUCUGGGUAGUGGCUUUUCAGCACAAGAGCCUUGCAUGGAAGCUCCCUCUUCUGAGAUUUGGCCCGGCCUGAAGAGGGCUGCACGGUUCCAGCCUCUGUCAUCCAACGUAGAUACCACUCUUCAGGUUUUUGUGACAUCUGCACAUUUGGGGCCAUUCCCUAUGUCUGCAUAGGAGCUGUCUCUGACCUCACUAGGGAGAAACAUGGUCUGAUGAGAAAGACAGACCCCUAGGCUCACCCGGCGCUGCCAUCCCUCCAGCUUCCUGGGCUCUUUUUCCUCAUCUGUGAAACUCGCAGGGUGCAUUGAGGUUUCGAACCAGUGUGAUAAAUGUCAGCCUCACACCUGGCCCAGGGAAGGAUGCCGGGAAAACAGGAGCACUUGUUAAGAACAGAAACGCUGAUGGGACCAAAGCCAGAGCACAUGCCAGGAAACCCGCCUGCUGGUGACGCUGGCCCCCAGCCUGCAUCCCGGGAAGGCCAUGAUGGGCACAUGUGCUAACUGCCACCAGCAGAGCCUGGGGCCUCCUCUCUCAGCCUGCCAGUGCCCUGCCCUGGGCCUCCACAUGUGGAGAACAGCAUCAGAGGGUCGGGGAGGCACCCAGGAGGAGGCCCUUUCUCCCCGAGAGCCCCUCCAGAACCUGCCCACUUUUCUCAACAUGUGUCUUUUGCUUUGUAGUCUGAGGUUGAUUUUCUGGAGGCGAAGAAGGGGCUGAGUUCUGCCCUCGUGCUGUUUGCGGGGGCUGUGUCAGGGCCAAAGCACCUCUUCCGACUCCCCCACAGACUGUUGUGGUGUUAGUGUGGACAGCAUCCCUCCCUUCAGAUGCCAUCUUCCCGUCGCCAUGAGCUGCUGUGACUCAUGCGUGCAUUGGGCCUCGCUUGGCGUUCCCCGCUCCCAUCUGAAAUUGGAGCUUGCUGGAGGGCAACCCGGGCCGGCCCGGCCAUGCAUGGCUACAGGCCCUGCCCUCUCUCCCCCUCCCCAGCCUCCCAGUGUGUCCCGUGCCCGAACUUGGUGGGCUCAUCUUACCCCACGAGAGUGACCUGCUCAACCUACAGCCUCUGCAGCAGUAGGUGCUGUGGGUCCCCAUGCCGCCCAGGACUCCAUCUCUCCCCCCCUGCAUUUAGGUUGUUCUGGAAAUGAGGGGAAAUUCACGCUCCUGCUGCGGCAGCUGGGAAGCCUGGCAACUACGUAACUUCUCCUGAGAUGGGUAUGAUCAGGCCUCAGCAACUACUCAGGAGGCAAAGGUGUUUGGAAAGCAAACCCUGCACCCAAAUGGGCCACUUCUCCCCGCAUGGCAUCCGCUCUGCUUCCAUCCCUCACCCCCCCAAACACGGUUGUGGAGACUUUUCUAGAACGUGGCGGGGUUGUAUUUAUGGCCUUCAAGCAAACAAAUUGAAAAGCAGUCAGGAAGGAGUUCAGAUAGAAAAGUGCUGGAGACACCUCUUUCCUUCAAAGGAAAUAUCAUUUAUUUCCAGCCGCCGCCGCGGACAGGGCUUUCACGUGUUGUGAAGUCACAUCUUGAAUGAUCGUCACCCCCAUCCUUCCCCAAAAAGCUAAAUAAGGGCCUUUGGCUUCAAGGCGUGCAUUUCCCACCUUCCGUGGUUCACGCUGGGAUUCCUGAGUGGCCUUCUUCAGAGAGCCCUUACAGUCGUGUGUCUUUAAUGCCAUCCCGUCCUGCCAGGCCAGGCCAGCACGCCCAGGCGUGGCACCGUCCACAGUGAGUGGGGCCGGGAGACCUCCCUGCCCUGCCCAGCCCAAUGGGCAGCUCUGCCUCGGCCCUGUGUGUCCCAUGGGGAUGGGUCCUCUGUCAUUUAACCAUGAACAUUCCAACAAAAUGUCAGCUUUCCUCCCAUGAUGAGGGAGAGAGAAGGCGCGCAGGUGUAUCUCCUUGGAGUGGCUGGAUCAUAAAGAAACAGUCCUCAAAUGGGUACUUCCAACACAGGUACAGAGAGACGGUGAUUGCUGGCCCCUGGGGUGCUGCGCUGUGAUUAGAGAGAAUUGGCCAGUGCCUGUCUCUGAUUAGACAGGAACCCCUAUGGCAGACUCCUCGCCUCUCCAUAAAGAAAGAAGUAUUUACUUAGAUAUUACUGUUUCAAAACACAAACUUUUUUUCCCUUAGAGAGAAGUACUGCCCUUAAAUAGAUGAUUGAAAUAUUAAUACCCCCCCAUUUAAUCAGUAUGUCUGCGACUUUCUUCAGAUCACAUGUGUGCGUCGGCAGGUGAUUCUGGAAAGGGAUUCUGUGAAACCGACAAGUCUUUUUUAAAUCUGUGAGUUGUAUGAGAAACUAUUUAGGUUCACCAGCAUAGUAAACACCGUCCCCCCCCCACCCCAGAGCAGCGGUAAGCAAACGUAAAUCUGAAGACCCCUCCUUCCUGUCUUUCUCUAUGAGGUUCUGGUUUUGGUGUAACAUGGCAGCACUUGGUUUGAGGUUUUGGCCUGUUGGGUGAAACUGUUCUUGGCUGAGGCUCUGGAAGCCCCAGAGCUCAGGCCCAUGGGCGCUGGGUGAGACCAGCGGGCAGCUGUGGCAUCCGGCCUUGGGACACCCAGGCUAGGCAGCUGUGCCAUGUGCCCAAAACAGGAUGCCCUCGUGAAUGUGAAAGAGGCUGGCUCAGGGCUUGUUUUUCAUUUUGGCCUGGCACGGGGCAUUUCGUUUUGGCCUGGCACAGGGCAUCUGUACAGAGCACCCCCCCCCGACCUGAGGAUGGUGAAGCCAUAUGAUAAGACACUCCUUGUCGAAGUCCACGUCGGACUGGUCUAGAAUGUGCCGUGGGGAGGGGGGGGGGGACUCCAUGACCUUUGUCUUCAGAUGCAGGUGAAAGAAAGGAACCAAACGGGGCGUGAGUGCAUAGGGGACUCUUCCCGCUGGAACAAACCCCCAUCACACACCAGCUGUUCGGAACAGCUGCCCCUAAAUGAGAUUAAACCCUCGUCUCCCUGGUGCUGAGUGGUCCACACUGGCCCAGGAAGCUAAUGUCUGAGCUGCUUGGGGAGCUGUGGCAAACAGAACACACUGGAAGCACACUCGGUCAGCAGCUGGGCAUGAGGAGGGCAGGGGCCUCAGCACUUGAGGAAGGACUAUCCACCGCAUGGAAUCCUGAUGGGCCUUGCGCAGACACUGGCAGGCAGCUCAGCCCCCCGCCCAGCACCAUGGCCCUGGGCUGUCCCCUGACAUUCCUGGAGGUGCCUGGGAAAAUGCAUGUCCUGCCUGGGCUCUCAGGGUGGGAGAACAGGGAAGGCUCCAAGGGCAUCGUGAGCCAGGGCCGGUCGGGGGAGCGGGUCACACGCAUCACCCGGGCUGGCACAUGAGGGACCUCGCCCAACCCCAGGGGUCCAAGCAGGGUCUCAGCCCAGCUGUUCUGAGGGUACACAGGUGACUGGAGGGGGUGGGCACUGGCAUAGUGGAUGGCAGAGUGCAUUUAGAAGCUGCUUCGUGGCAUUAAGAAUGGGGAGAGGACCAGCACCGUCAUGUUAGAAAAAAUUCCUUCUUGCAAACUUGAAAAGCAUCAGUUUCCCUCCUGAGUUGGUUUUUGUGUCUAGAAUACAUCUAAUUCUCCAGACUGCAGCCGUCCCAGCCCUGAGCACCUGAGCGCUGGGGAGGCCCUUGUGGGGCUCAGCCUGGAGAGGGGCGGGUGGAUCCAGUCCCAGGGCCAGGUCUCCCGCCCUGGCUCUUCCCUUCUGCCAGCUUGGAAUUCGGUCCUCAUCUUGCCACGGGGGUGUGUUUCCUAAAGGGGAGCCGGAGCAGGUCAAAGGUGACAACCGAGAUGCACUUCUAGGCAGGGGCGAGGCCAACCCAGCCUGCAGCCGGCUUUCUGUUUCUGUAAAUAGUGUAUAGAGAUGGAAGGCAGCGUGGGUUUAUCCACAGAUGGUUUUAUUUUAUUUUAUUUUUUUUGGUUGUUUUCUAUUACCUCAUUCAGCAACUUUAUGUUUCACAAUGACUCGAUGAUGCUUUAUUUAUAUUGUUUGUACUGUAAUUAAACCAUUGACAGACAUUUCAUUUUGCUUGUUAUUUCAUAUGAUCUUGUUUUGAUUAAAUAUGUCAGUUUGUAUUUUCCUGCCUUGGGAUUAUUUUGUGUCCACUGUACAGUAUUCUAAGGGAAAAAGAUGUGUAAAGUAACAGAGAGGCGGCUAUGGGGUAGAGGCCUCUUUCUAAUAAAGAAAUGAAAAUAUGUC